AUGGACAACGCGCCUUAUCACACAAGACAGGGAAAAAAGGUGCCUAUUCGAUCUUCAACAAAAGCGCAAAUAGCCGCCUACCUAGAAGAAGAAGGAGUAACCGUUUUGGCUGAUGCUGCGAAGGCGGAUCUGCUUUACAAGCUGGACGCCCAUGCAGGAGCAAGGAGUGGGAUGUCAGCUCUUCGCAGAUACGUCACGGAGCGUGAUCAGGCUGCCACCCUUCCAUUGCUUCUUAAUCCUAUUGGUCUUGUUGGAGUCAACUUAAGACUCAUUUGA